CAAAGCCUCUCUUACUGUAGACGGACUGUACGCUGCAGUGAAAACAGUCUGAUCUCUGGAGAAGACGAUCAACUCUCUGACGGACGUUUGACUGAACUGAAUUAACUUUCACAGUUGAGCUGAGUGAGGACGGUGACACUGACAGUAACUGACAGGAACUGACGGGAACUGACGGUAGCUGUGCAUCACUGCAGCAGCAGAACAUGAGGAACAACACAACGAUCUUGAUUUCAGGUCAGUGAAAUUAAAGGUAUCUGAGUCUGUGUGGUGUCCAGAGCCUCGAGGCUUCUUCUCCAGCUGGACAGACUCGUUUGUUAAUCCCACUGAGGAGCAGUUUACUGCGGUAGAGGAACCAUCACCAGCAGAACGACUUCAACCGACCAUCAGGCUGCAGCACCGAGCCGAACCACAGAUCUCAGAUCUGCUGCUGGACUCUGAACACAUUCUAUAGUCCUCCAUCUUCACAUCGGCACCUUGUGUCUUUGUGUGUCCACUUCAGCCUCGAGCUGUUGUGCGGCUCUUUCACGCACAAACAGGCCUCGAUGUAAAUGAACCUGACGUUAUCUUCAACCUGUUGUGAAAGCAGAGUGACCAUGGACCUGAGGAACGCCCCCUGCUAGAGUCAGCACAGGACGCCAUGGACGGGUCGGACGUCGGCAGGAGAGGUUUAAAAUCUCUUAUCUCAGAGACUCCGAUGCUCCAGGCCGGAUGUCCCCCGGCGGACCCCGCGCUCCUGUUCCCCGCCCCUGGGGCCCCGGACCCGGUCAUCCCGCUCACUCACCUGGGGCCGCUGCUGGCCGGACGCGACGCACCGAGGACCGGGAGCGGCUGGGACAGGAGGCCGGACCCCAGGUUUCACGGCUGCCAGUCGGUGGGAGCAGCGAGGGAACCAGGACGAGACGCCCACGCUGACCAGAGCGUGGUCAUCCUGCACGCCAAGGUGGCUCAGAAGUCCUACGGCAACGAGAAGAGGUUCUUCUGUCCUCCGCCCUGCGUGUACAUCCGUGGUCGUGGAUGGAAGGUCAUGCAGGAUCAUCUGAAGGCCGCUGGUUAUGGAGACUCUGUGUAUCGGAUGUGUGGUUACAUGUGUCUCGACAACUCCAGCCAGUCUCAGGCCGACACUUUCAAACUGGUCUUCGAUGAGCAGCCAGACUCCACGCAGAUGUUUGCCUGCGCCAAGUCGCUGUUCAUCUCUGAUCAGGACAAGAGGAAACACUUCCGCCUCCUGCUGCGACUCUUCCUGGGCAACAGACAGGAAGUGGGUUCGUUCCAGAGCAGGCUGAUCAAAGUGAUCUCCAAGCCGUCACAGAAGAGACAGUCCAUGAAGAACGUGGACCUGUGUAUCUCCUCGUGCUCCAGAGUUGCUUUGUUCAACCGCCUGCGCUCUCAGACGGUCAGCACUCGUUACCUCUCAGUGGACAGAGGAGCUUUUGUAGCCAGCGCCAGACAGUGGACAGCCUUCACCAUCACCAUGGUGGAGGACCAAAGUGCUGACCAAGGGGACUUUGUGCUGAGCGAAGGCUUCAUCUGUUACGGCGCUGUGGUCCAGUUAGUGUGCACGGAGUCUGGAGUAGCACUGCCACCAAUGGUGAUUCGUAAGGUCAACAAGCAGCAGGCCAUCCUGGACGUGGACGAGCCGGUGUCUCAGCUCCACAAGUGUGCCUUCCAGUUCAGAGACGACCCCCAGGCCUUCCUGUGUCUCUCCAACGACAGCAUCAUCCAGUACCUGGCUCCGUCCAGCGCCAGGGACCCCAGCCGGGUGGUGCUGAACGACGGGUCCUGUUGGACCAUCAUCGGAGUGGAGAUGGUGGAAUUCACCUUUAACGAGGGUCUGUCCUGUGUCCAGACGCCAGUCAGUCCUUUUCCUGUCAUCAUAGGGCUGGAGGUGAACGGUGGAGGACACGUGGCCAUGCUGGAAAUCCUCGGGGAAAACUUCAGCCCUCAUCUCAAAGUCUGGUUUGGAAACAGUGAAGCUGAGACCAUGUUCAAGUCGCCCAAGUCUCUGCUGUGUGUCGUCCCUGACGUCUCUGUCUUCAGCGACGGGUGGCGCUCUCUGCGGCGCGUCCUCACCGUCCCUCUGUCCCUCAUCCGAUUGGACGGCCUGAUUUAUCGCACCUCUUUCAGUUUCACCUACACCCCCGAGCUCCAGCCGCCUUCGUCUGUCCGAGGAGGAGGAGGAGGAGGAGGAGGAGGAGGGAGAGACGGGGGCAGUGACGAGGGACAGGAGGACGAUGUCCUGCUGGAGACCAUCCACCAGGAGUUCACCAGAGCCAACUUCCACCUCUUCAUGCAGAGUUGACCUGAUGAUCAGAAGCCGAUCACAGGAGGACAUGAAUAUAAAAUAUAUGAUCCAGAGAUAUCAGUUUAAUCUAAAUCAUUCAAUCAACCUAUUGAGCUUAUUAAUAGAUUCAGUUUGUAACUUUACUGCAUUAAAUGUUUAUUUCAGACGUCGGACCUGAGUCGUGUCUGAACAUUUUAA